AAAUGUUUCGUUUGUUGUUACCAUCAACAACAACAACGAUAUCAGGCAAACAGCAACAAAUUGCCAUACUAAUUAUAUCAUUUUUUCUUUGCGUUGAUGGCAUACGUAAUGAGGGUAACAAUAUGUUGCCGCUGCAACAGCAGCAACAACAACAGCCAAUUGAAAAUUCCAAUUAUCAAAGUUCUUCGGCAUUUAAACCUUCACCUUUACUAGAAUUUACACUGGACGAUGUUACCAUGCCACAUAUGUUGGCAGCUGGUGGUGGUGCCGGUAGGCCAUCUAGUGAAGAUGCCAAAUAUCCCAGCAAUAUACCGUCAACACCCACAUCUCCCAAUGCAGCGAAUAACGAUAACGAAAAUGAUAAUCGACGCUAUUCAACCUCGUACACAAAUGGCGAAAAGCCAUUCUCAUUUUCUAAUGGCCAGCAACCGGCAACACAAUAUCAGCAGCAACAACAACAGCAGCAGCACCAGUUUGCCCAACAACUAACCGAAACGCCAAUUUAUAUUUACAAGGAUCCAUAUACAAAUGAAAAUUAUCAUUAUACACCAACUGAGCCCAACAGUUACAAUAAGGAUGUGGUGGUUACCUCGCCAUAUAAUCAGCAGCCAAAUGCCCAGAGUUUCCAGUCGGGAUAUUCACCACCUUCAGCCCCCUCUGGCACACAAGAUAAUCAAGAAUAUUUGGUGCAUUCAAGCAUGAUAGUUGGUACGCAACAACAAUCGCUGCCACCCGCCAAUAAGGAUGUAUAUCUGAAACGUCCUGGCAUGGUAUACGAUGAAAGUUAUAUCACACAUCCGAAUGCUGUCGUAGAGAAGAAAUCCGAAGUUGCGGCGGCGAAGAAAACAAAUAAAAUAUCCUACGAUUCACAUGAUUACCCGCCGCCAAGUUAUCACCAGUUACAGACAUCGAAUUUCUUGCCCACACCAAAUCCGGAAGGACCGGUCAGGGCAACGCCACCGCCAGUUAUAAGAGAUACACCGCCACCUCCUCUAAGGGCAACACCUCCGCCACCGCCUUCCUACUCGCAAUCAGCUAACAAUUAUUAUGCUCGCCCCACAUCAUCACCGCCAGCCUAUGUUACACCACGUCCUUCUUCGUAUAGCGAUGAAUAUAGGCCUAAGCCUCCAACUUCGCCAUUUGGCCAACAAUAUUUGCAAUCAUCGCAGAAUGUCUUACCUAAUUAUGUAAACAAUUUGGAUAAUUAUUUAUCGAACAAACAGCAAACACAGUAUUACCGGCCUGAGCAGGCUGGUGGUCCUCCAGCCCGUCCUCCUGAUGCUUUGCAAUAUCCACAAUAUGAGGAGAGCAUACCACCUCCGUACAGACAACAGCAACAAUAUCAACAACCAUCCUCUUACCCACCUUUUGAACAGCAACAUUCAGCCUAUCCCCCUUAUCAAAGUCCGCAGUAUCCCAACAGUCCUCCUUCCCGCCCUCCUCCACCACCACAAUCACAACCACCAUUUCCAUCAAGACCAUCUUAUAAUAAUUAUUAUGACUAUCAAAUUGGCGAAGUACCACCCCAAACCCAAGGAGCUUUUAAUUACCCCUAUCCCAGACCACCACAACCUCCACCCAACAACAACAAUGGUGCCUAUAGACCACCAUAUGUGCCACCUUCAACCACCCAGCAACCGAGUGGUUUGGCCACUCUCGUGCAGUAUGCACCACAGUUCACAUCCCUGCUUUUGGGUGGUGGUGGUUCCUCCUCGAACAAUAAUAGUCCAUUAGGUAGCUUGUUAGGUGUACUAACGGGUGCUGGUAACUCCCCGCAAACUUCGUCGUCUUCUUCAUCGUCAUCAUCUUCGCUGCUCAACCGUCGACCCAUCAACUCCCAGCUCAUUAAGGCAUUGGAGAACAUUGCACGCAAUGACGAUUUGCAAUGUGUGCCAAAAGUAUUGUGCCAAAUGAUUGCCUCGCAAACACAACGUGGUCAGCUGCCCAGUUUUAUAACAUCACCGGCCAUAACCAAUUUCUUGGCUGCAUUCCCUGCUUCUUCGCCGGCAUUAAUUUACGGCAGAGCUGCAUUACUGGGUAUUAGUGGUGGUGACCGAAGUUGCCAUCAAACCUAUGUCAAAUGUCCCAAAAAUGAGAUCGAAAUCAUUAAUUAUUUGAAUAAUUAUCGUGGCGGUUUCUUUAAAUUCUUUAGCGAACCGGAUGACCAAACAUUUAAUCAACAAAACGGAAAUCAUGAGUCUGGCGGAGCCACAUCAUUGUUUAGUAUUUUGUCUGCCUUGACGGGAACACCCGCACAGCCACAAGUUACUACACCCAGACCUCGACCCAAACCUCAACCACAGGCACCAUCUUCCGAUAUAACCGAGACCAUUGGUAAUUUCUUUACAAAUCUAUUGUCGGAUUAUAUGGGCGGUGGUGCUGUGGUGGAAUAUCAAAGGCGUAGUAUGAGACGCAAACGAAGUGCGGCCGAAAAACGUGUACGUUUCGAGGAUAACGAUGAUGAUGAGAAUUUUAAUUUUGAUGAUGAUUUCAAUGAUGAGGAGGAUACCGAAGAUACAGAGAAAAAUGUUGAAUUUCAAUAUGAACCUGAAGAUAAAAAUGGUUCAGAGUCGAGGGUGAUACAUCGUGUAACAUUGUCAAAAGGUAAACGCCUGAAAUUCUUUCCCGAAAACAAUGACGAAGAAGCAGAAAACGAUAACAUCCAUGACGAACAAACAGAAAAUUUAAGAAAAGUAAUUGAAAAAUUUAAUGCAUUUAAUAAAGAAAGGAAAUUAAAGUUCCCCUCCGAAACCUCCGAACGUGAAUAUCUUGAUGUGGCCGAAGAGAACAUAAGAGGUGGCAAACAAUUAGAUAAUAAUCCAACCGUGCAACAACAAAUAAACUAUGGUCAUCAAUACAAUAAUUAUGAACAACAAAACUACAUUAGGGGGCAGGAUAAUACAAAUAAAAUUAAAUUUUACAAUGAUCCCGAGGAACAUGGCAAAGAGCUGAGGGAUUUAAGUGUGGCCGAAAGCCAACACAGUGGUAAGAAAAUUCGAUUUCCAGAACGUGAACCAAAAAUUUUAAACAGGCCACCGUAUGCGGCCUCCUUUUCCUAUAAUCAGCAGCAGCAAACACCUCCGGAGUAUGGAGAAAAUGAAGACCAAUAUCAAACAACACAAAAUCAACGGCCCAACUACUACAAAGAAUUAGAAGAAGAACAACAACAAGCAGACCUAUAUAACAAUCAACCCGAAUACGAGCAGCCUCCAUAUCAACCCAAUCCCAAUGAUUACAAUCAAUAUCAAGCACCAACCACACCACAAAACUAUUAUGGAUUUAAUCAGGGCCAUCCACCAGGCGCCAAUAUUUAUAAUACCCACCUGACAUCGUUGAAUUCGCUUAACAAUUAUGUUAGUAAUUCGGCAACAAAUCUUAACUAUUUUCUAACUACCCAGCCACCUUCGAAUGCAGGAGGUGGAUCAAAUUAUUUCUUGCCCACACCUGCUCCAGAUAAUGAUGAGGAUAAUGAUUUUGAUAAUCAUUUGUACAAUAAUAAUAACAACAACUACAACUUGGCAACCAAAAUCCAAAACUAUAACAGAUAUGAAAAAUACACGAAUUCGAAUUCAAACAAUUUAAGUCCAACUCAAACAUACAACAACAGCAACAGAUAUAGGCCAGUGUACAGCAGUCAACAGCAGAGUGGUGUCUAUAAUAAUAACUAUAACAACAACAACAGCAAUAACUACAACAAUCGUUAUCACUCCUCCUUGUACGAUAGGCGUACAACAACGACGACCACAACCACCCCCCGACCCAAUGACAAUAAUAUAUAUGUCACAAAUGCUAGAGGUGAAACCGAAUAUUAUAUAAGACCAGAUGGCCGUAAAGUUUAUUUAUAA